GCGGCGCACACAAUGCGCUGCUGGGCUGACGAGGGUUGUUCUCCCUCAUCUCACCAUCAUCUCUCUGUCCGCUGGAACCUUGCGAGGGGCAGCAGUGGAGCCUCCCCGCGUCCCUCUGCUGCUCGUCCCGUCCAGUGACACACAGACGUUGCUAAUAGGACACGGCGGGUAAUAAUAGCGGAGCUUGUUCCGCUGCGCGCAGGACCUGCCAGCCCGGCGGAGGCAGCGGAGCCUCGGCGACACCCUGGAAAUCCACACCGAGGCUUCAACAUCCGGGCCUCCGAUUACUAUUUUUUUGUCUGUGAUUGUGGACGGACGAACUGAGAGUCGAGUUUGAAGACGCGAAAUACAAUAAUAAUUAAGUGGCGAUGGGCGUGUGUGAAUAUCUCCCGUAUUCCGGCUGUUGUGGACGGUCGGGUCCCGUGUAGCUGCCAGCGCCGCUAGCCGCUAGCUAGUCUUUCUCUGCUGCUGCAGCCAUCACUGUGGCAGGACGGAGAUCCAGGAUCCUGCCCGGGCAGCGUUAGCUGGCCUCCCUCUCCACUGCCCAACCUGACCGUUUUUGUGGGUUAAUUGUAAUAAUAUAGUUGUAUUCUUCGGUUUGUUGUCCGAAUAUACCGUAAUAUGUUGCUGUAGCCCUCGACGUGCUAACAGGCGGUAGUCAACACUGACAUCUACGUCAACGUAGCUGUAUUUCACAACGUAAAAGUCGUCCAGACAGCCCUGUGUGAUACCUGACCUGGCUGUCCACGGUGACCCGUCCCACUCCGGCCACACAGCCGGACACACGGACCUGCAGCCCCGCGGAGCUGCUGGGGAGCCCGGCCUGCAGCAGCUAGCCCAGGAGGAGCAGGAAUAAAGGGACAGAACAGAACAGAACCGUGUCCUGGACGGCUUUUUCAGGGUGUAAUCCACUCAUAACCUCCUCUUUUGUGUUUCCACGCGUGUAACUUGUGGGUUUUAGUCGGGGCGCUAACAGCCAUGUCCUGACGGCUGGGUUUGUUGUGUAACAUUUCCGUGUGGAUACAGAGUUCAGGUGAAGUGACAUGAAACUCAAAUUCCGCCGAAAGAAAGGCUGUGCUGCCCGCAGCCUGAGGUCUGAGGACGGUGAAUAAGGACUGGUCCCACUAACGCCAUUUUAACAGGCGCUCCCUCCCCUGCUGGAGGACUCCUCUCCUCCUCUUUCUUUUUCUUUCUGUGGUUCGGUGCCUUCCGCCGGACCGGGACUUGAUUAAAGUGCCUUAAGUUCCGCUGAGGUUACAACAGGAGGUGUUUUGAAGAUGGAGGGUCCGAGCCGGAGCGCCGGGAGCAGACACUGCCGCCGGUCCCGCUCCCAGCGAGACCGCGACCGGCGCCGGAGGGUGGACUUGGCCGACGGCCGAGCCGCGUCCCUGUCCUCGGCCUCCGACCCGGAGGGCUCCGGCAAGCUGCUCGGUCCCGGGGGGAAAAGAGAGGGCCGGCCCGGAUCUGGGAGACACAGGCCUCCACGGCGGAGGAAGAGAGAGUCCGUUUCCUGCGAGGAAGACAUCAUCGAUGGCUUCGCCAUCGCCAGCUUUAUCAGCUUGGAGGCACUGGAGAUGGACUGUUCUCUGAAGCCCAGUCAGCGCACUGAUAUCCUGGUAAGGAAUAAGGGGAAGAGAGGACCGGAGGAGAAUGGUGGAGGACCGCUGUCGGAGCCAGAGGAAGGAGCCCCACACAGCUACCCCAACAGCUGCCUGAACAAGAAUAAAAAUAAGAGAAGAAAGAUAGAGGGUCCCCACCUGGAAACUGGCUACAUUUGUGACACUGAGAGUGAUGCAGGAGAUAAGGCCUCAGACAACGACAUGGAUCCAGUGUUCACUGUCAGCACUAGAAAAGUUGUGGAUCCUGCUCCUUCAAACAUGGGUACGUCCAUGGCCAAAAGCUGCACCCCUCUACCUUCUCGUUGUGGUGGGGUCUCAAGGUUACUGGUGACCCCGAGAGUAUCUGGCCUCGAGCGAAGUCAGGAAAAAAGCCUGGAGCCGCACUUCCCAGAGCCAGUUUCUUCUUCUACCUCUGCUGCCUCCUUCUCUUGCCUGCCUUCCCACGCUCAAGUCGCAGCCCCAGGCAUGCUCACCCGGCCCAGUCCCAUCAAUAGCAACAGCAGGGCGCACAACGGCAGCCCACCGCUCUCCAAACCCAAGCCCUUCCACACGUUGCCUGGACGAUCUCACUCCAUCUACAACAACAGGUCUGUUUAUUGCAAAAGCAGUACCCCAGUCAAGCCUCCAUCGACUUCAUCUGUUGCGUCUUCCGCUUCCUCUAUGCGUCCUCCAACUCCUUCCACGAGUGUGUCUCUGCCCUUCAGUCGGGGCUCAGGGUCCUCAGGGCCUCUCCGACCCCCAUCCCGAGCCAGCACCGGGGCCGUGUUCACAUCCUCACCUGGCCUGCCGCCUCCUCCACCUCUGCUGCAAGGUUCUGCCUACCCAACAGCAGCCGAGCGUGAAGGCAGACGUAGUGUCCCAGGAGCUGAAAAUAAUGCAACGGCAGCAGGCCGCUCAACUCCCGGAGGUCCAGCUGCAUCAAGCUCUGCAUCUGGCUCAUCAGGCCGGACAUCUCAGAACUCUACGGGCAUCCCACCGCUGGCCUUCCAGUUCCAUCAGCACAACCACCAGCACCAACACACGCACACACACCAACACUUCACGCCUUUCCUGCACCCCACAGCCACUGCACCGCCUCUGUUUGAUAAAUAUCCUGGCAAAAUCGACGGGCUUUACAGACACCCGUUCUUCCCACAAUAUCCACCACCCUCAGUGUCGAAUAUUCAGCCUGUGAUUCCUCCCACCGGGCCUUUUGGCUCCUUGCAAGGUGCAUUUCAGCCAAAGCCUCUCGUCCCUCAGGGUACGGGUCCUGAUAUCACAGCGCGGCUUGGGGUUGUGCCUCACCACCUGCAGCCCAAAGACCCCAGGCUUACUGAUCCAUUUGGGACAUCGUUGAAAAUCAGUAAUAAACCGGGGAAAUGGUGUGCUAUGCACGUAUAUGUGGCCUGGAUGAUUCUAAGCCAUCAGAAAAAAGUAAAGCUGAUGCAGGCUGAUCCUCACAAACUGGACUUCCGUAAUGAGCUGCUGGCCAGGUUCCCUGGAGCCGGGGGACUAGGACAACUCGGGCCAAUGGGAGGAGCCAUGCCUCCAACCCACGACCUGACCAGACCUCCCAGUCUGUUCUCAGCCACAGGUGGAGUCAAUCCAUCGUCAGCACCUUUCAUCUCUACAUCAGCACCACACUCAUCUUUCCUCCCACCAACUGCACACUUGGAUCCAUAUGGCCGAUCCCCGCCUUUUACUCCACUAGGAGCCCUGGGUUCUGGUGCCUUUGGAGGACUUGGCAGCCCCACACUGGCUGGCUCUGUGUUUGGCCAUAAAGAUCCACCAGCUGGUGUGGUUGGAGGCUUGUCCUCUUCUAACCAUCAUGAUGCAUGGAACCGUCUCCACGGCGGCCCGUCUGGGUUUCCUCCGGGCCACAGCUGGGCUAAAGGAAUGGACAAGAGGGACGAGAGGGAUCGAGGGAAGGAUGGAGAGAGAAGAGACAUCCCUCACAUCAAGGAUGAAAAAGACAGAGACAAUAUGCUGUAUGGCCGACAACCUGUGAGGAUGUCUCCAGUUGGCCCGUCCUUCAAGCCCCGGAGCAACACCCCUCUCUCCCACAUAAAUGGCCACAGUGUUGCUCUGGGCGGGGGCAGUGGGCUGAUUGAGGACCUCACACGAGGCUCAAAUAGAGACAGAGACCGCGAGCGAGACAGAGAUGGGGACAAGAGGCCAGUGCCUACCUUGUCUUCGAGGGGUCCUCCCCUCGGUUCUUCAUCUUUAGUAGCAGAGAGGGACAGGCCGCGGUCUUCAUCAUCUUCUGUGCUCACUACCCCGCCACCCUCCAACCGCUCAGCGCCGUCUCCUUUGGACCUUUACCCUCGCUCACAGGCUCAGAUGGCACACAGCCUUCAAAAUGAACUCUCACAUGCCCAAAGAGACAAUAAUCACCCUGCUUCCUCUGCACCUUCUUCCUCUGUUGCGUCUCUGUCUCAGUCCAAGAAGUCUGAUCGCACCACAACACCUGCUUCCAAACCUCCCCAUCUUCUUCAGCCAGUUAAAGUGAAAGAGGAGCGGAAAGAGGAGCCCGAGCACAUCCCCAUCACCCUUCCUCCUCCAGCACCCAAUCACAGCUUUGAGCGACCCAACAGCCAUCCACACCACCCCAGUUCUGGUACCCCUUCUUCCUCUUUAUCAUUGACUCCCACUCCUGGUGUUCCCCUCCCACCAGCAGCCCCAAACCCUCCUCAACAACACAUUGCAAUGAUUGAACGGUCACGGGCCAUUGAAGCGUACCUGGGGAGUACAGGGGGGGCGGGGCUGGUGGUUGGCCAUCCAGGAGAACGUUUUUCCCACGGCCCUCCUCAAGGACCGCCACAAGGUCCACAUAGCUUCACCUGGGAUCCCUGGAGGGAGCUGGCAGCUCAGCAGCAGCAGCAACAUCGUAGGGAAGCUUUGGCACUUCGGUCAGAUCCACACUUAGCCCUGCGAUCGGAUCCCCACCUGGCUCGGCUGCUCCAACAUCAACGCAUCCUUGAAGUGGAAAGGGCGGCGGCUGUAGCGGCAGCAGCUGCAGCAGCCACCCCUCAGCACCCUCAGACUUCUACAUCUGGCCCCUCUUCAUCUAAUGUUCGUCCCGACUUUGGUCUCAUGGCUCAUCACUUUGACCGCCAUCCUCAGCUUGGACCCCCGGGUGGUGGGCUGAUGGAUGAGGAGCAGCGAGCCCAGAUCCUGAGGGAAGACUUUGAGCGGGCUCGUGACUUUGAACGGGCUCGUUGCUUUGGGAUGUAUCCACAUCUCCCUCCUGGCUCUCAUCUGUCAAGCCCCUCGCAUGCUGCUACUGCUGCUCAUCUGGAGCAGCUCCACCCUGGCCUUCUCCACCACCCUCUCUCUUCAGGAGCCACUGCCGCUUCUCAGCACCACGCAGGCCUCUACUCCCGUCUAGGUCAUAUCAAUCCACAACACAUGCCCAAUGGCCUCCUUUCAAAGACCUCUGCAAGCCUGGUGGGAGCCCUUUCAGUGGGGGCACCGCCUCCACUCAUUCCAUCAAUGACCAGCCGGUCAUCCACCCCUCCUCGCGGCUCAAGACUUGGAGGGCCAGGUGAACUGACAAUGUACAGCACCCACAAAGAUGGAGAGUCCAGAUAGUACAGGGACAACUCUGGAGGAGAUUAAGGGAAAUGUCAGGAUCACUGUGCUGCUCUCAACCUGCCUCCUUUUCCUCUUGAAGACUACUACACCCUGCCUUCCCAGUUACACCACCAAACCAGCUCGUCCCCAACACAAAUAAAAAGUAAAAACAAACAAAAAAAGAGUAACUGUGAUGGGCUGGUGUUAGUAGGGAGAAAUGCAAGACUUGGAAUAUACCCAAUGGUUCUAUGAGUGCAAUUUAAAGGUACAUACUGUAGUUUCUGUGCAUUCUUGGUGUACUUUUUUGAAUACAGUCUGUUGGUUAUUAAAGCGUUCAGUUUUGGAAGUUGUAAGAAUAGGCAGAUGACUGCUUUUUCAUUUAUCAGGUGAAUUAUGAUCCAUGCUUUUGAGCAAGCCUUUUCCAGGUGGAUUGCAAAUGACUUCCAGAAGAUGGCAUGAAGGCUUGUCCAGGCUUCCCCCUGAACCUCGUUGACUUCUGGAUAUUUGAAUGCCCAGUUCAACUGAACCCAGAUAUUGUGGAUGAGGGUUUUUAAGAAAUAUGUUGGUAAAGUGGUGCUUUCUCUUCUGGGUUUGUCUGUCGUUGUGAAAAGACAGAUUACUGAUGCGAUCAUUCAUUCAAGAUCAGUAAGCACCGUACCUCAAUUUCCUGCUUUACCCAAAAAUAUUACUACAAACCCUUACUGACUGAGAUUCAGAAUUGUUUUUUUGCUUGUUUUUGUUUUCAAAGGAUGAAUGGUAACAUGAACUGUGCUAUACUGUGCAAGUGAUCACAGUAUUAUAGAGCUUCCUGUAUCAGUUUCCCCCAGUCUCCUCUUGACUAUAUGAGCAGGACCAGAGUAUAGUAGUCUAGAAAAAUUGCCUUUGUAAUUAUUAUUCUUAACGUUAUCUUCUAUAAUAAUGAAUAUAUUCACUGUUAUGUUAUUUGUCAUUGUUUUGGGUAUCAACCAGCACUCUCCAGGUAGUAAUGUCUCAAUUCAUGCAAAAGGUUUUACUUCACAGAAAACGUACUACGUGUGAACAUUAAGCCGUAUCCAUGCAACCUCUUGCCUCUUGAGGAAUAUCUCCAACCAUUACGCUCAGAGUGAGGUCUGCCUGUGUAUUACUGGUUGUAUGCUAUCUGCUGGGACUGUGGGAGCCUUGUACAUUGAUCUGUUGAGUUGUUUCAUCAACAAAAAUAAGUUAUAUACAUGGAUAAGUGGGAUGUCUGUUCAAUUGUAAAAGGAAAAAAAAAAUGUAACAAAAGGUAACUAGGCAGUGGGUAUCCUGAGAGUGAAGAGACUGGGUUGAUUAUUUUAAUAUGACCAUUUUAUACCUUUCAAACCCUCCCCUAGAGACCACAAAGAGUAAUUAUUAAAUGAACUGUUGUUUA